AUGUUGACGGCGGUUCCCACCCCAGACCAGUCAGCCACUGCGAAGCCGCAGCGCGUGCUGGCCUGUGUGCUGUGUAAGCAGCGCAAAAUCAAGUGCGAUCGCAAAUCCCCCUGCGCCAACUGCGUCCGGGCCGGCGCCCAGUGCGUGGCAGCUACGCUCGCCCGCCAACGGCGCCGCAGGUUUCCCGAGCGAGAGCUGUUGGAGCGCCUUCGCCACUACGAGGGCCUGCUUCGCCAGAACAACAUCAAGUUCGAGCCUCUGCACACCCCGGCCGCAGAGCACGCCUCUCCCAGCGAGGACGGCACUCUCGACGAUGCACAUGCAGAAGGACCGGUUUCAGGGACAGAGGGCCGGUCAAGGGAGAAGACGGCGGUGAAGUCGAAAACAGUGAAUCUCUGGCGCGCCAUGAGUCAAAAGACCGUGGAUGUCGAGGACGAUGAUGACGACGAUGAGAACGAUAGCGGUUUUCUGCACGAUAACGAUGAUGUGCGUCCGGCGGUGAUCAAGAAGGCGUGGGACCAGGUGUACCGAAGCGAAAGCAACGACCACCUGCUGUUUGGCUCACCCAAGACAGACGUCGAUCUCUCGACCUUGCACCCGAACCAGGUCCAAAUCUUCAGGCUCUGGCAGAUUUACCUGGACAACGUCAACCCGCUGCUCAAAGUCACCCACACCCCCACCCUGCAGGCACGCAUCAUCGACGCCGCCGGCAAUAUGGCAACCAUCAGUCCCACAUUGGAAGCGCUGAUGUUCAGUAUCUAUUGCGUCUCCGUUCUAAGUCUCACCAAAGACGAAUGCCGUACCGUGUUGGGGUCGCCAAGAGAAGAUCUUCUGAAAAGCUAUCAGUUCGGAUGUCAGCAAGCGCUACUAAACUGUGGGGUUCUACGGUCCGCGGACCGCGACUGCUUGACAGCAUUGUAUCUCUACCUGGUCUCGGUCAGUCCCGAUACAGACCCCCGGUCUCUAUCCUCAAUGCUGGGCGUGGCCAUCCGCAUCGCACAACGCAUGGGGAUUCACAACGAGUCGACCAAUGCCAGAUGCACCGCGCUCGAGGGUGAGUUGCGCCGAAGGCUGUGGUGGUCGCUGAUUGUUUUCGACAAUCGCAUUUGCGAGAUAUGCGAUCACAAGACCACCAUGUUAGAUCCCACCUGGGACUGCAGGACGCCUCUCAACGUGAAUGAUUUUGAGAUCCAGCCAGAGAUGAAGACUCCGCCCGCAAUUCACGAGAAACCCACCGAGGCGCUUUUCGUCGUCGUGCGCAGCGAGCUGGGCGAGUUCGUCCGCCACAGCGCCUUCCACCUCGACUUUUCCAAUCCGUCGUUGAAGGCGAUUGCGAACGAGACUCGGCACGGCCCCGUUCGAGAAGGCGACGAGUUGAUCGCCCUAGAAAAGACUAUGGAGGACAAAUAUCUCCGAUUCUGCAAUACAGAGAACCCGCUUCACUUUAUGACAAUCUGGACGACGCGAGGGUACCUGGCGAAACUCCGUCUCCUGGAACACUAUUCGAGACACUCCAAGUUAUCCGUGCAGCAGACGGAUCCGCAGCGCAACGCUGCCAUUUCCCAUGCGCUGAGGAUGCUCAUGUGCGAUACGAAGCUCAUGACUUCACCUCUCACCAAAGGAUACCUUUGGCUGGUUCACUUGCACUUCCCAUUUCCCGCGUACAUUCACAUUCUUCAAGAUCUGAAAAAGCGGCCUACUGAGGACCACGCUGAAAAGGCUUGGGAGGUCAUGAGCGACAACUACGAGGCUCGCAUGAUGAAUACGAAACAAGCAGAUAGGCCUUUUUUCAUUGUCUUCGCUCGAAUUGUCCUUCAGGCCUGGGAGGCGCGUGAAGCAUUAUUCAGACAACAAGACAAGCCGGUGGAGCUACCACGGAUUGUGUCGGACAUUAGAAAUAAAGUAAUGCAGAUGACGUCAAAUUUUUCACCAAACAGUAAUAUAGAGCAGCCCAGCGGUGCUGCGGGUAUCAACAUGGACGAAAUUCCAAUGCCCAUGCCCAUGGAAUUUGGUGGCCAUGGCCUGUCGUACGGCACGGGAGGACAGGGCUCCACCGGUCCUGGGCCCGGGUGCUACCCUGACAUACCCGGACAGGCUACGAUGGACGUCGACAUGAACCAGUUUGAUUGGACCACGAUCGACUGGAAUUUGAUGCAUGCACGAGGCUGGUGA